CCAACGCCCACUCCACCCCAUAAUAAUGCCCAAGGACGUCUAUAUUGUCGUUGGAGGAAACGGUUUCGUGGGCAGGCAUAUUGUCCAGCAACUAAAGGACCGCGGUGACAUCGUUUCCUCGCUCGACAUCGUCCAGCGCUAUGACGAUGUCCCCUUUUACUCGGCGGACAUCACAGAGGAGAGCCAAGUUGUUUCGGCAUUGAAGCAGUCAGGAGCUACUUGUAUCAUCCACACGGCUUCACCCCCAGCCAAUCUCAAGGAUGAGGCAAUCUACUACAAAGUCAAUGUGGAGGGAACGAGGGCUAUCAUCAACGCUGCAAUUCAGUGUGGUGUGAAGAAGCUCGUUUUCACCAGCUCUGCAGGUGUCGUAUUUAACGGAGAGGACAACAUCGACGUGGACGAGCGCCUUCCCUAUCCCGACGUUCCUAUGGACGCCUACAACGAUUCAAAAGCCAAAGCUGAAGCACUGGUUCUCGAAUCCAAUGGCAAAGGUGGCCUUUUGACUGUCGCAAUCCGCCCAGCAGGUAUCUUCGGGCCCGGAGACCGCCAAAUGAUGACAGGGCUUUACCAGGUGUACGAACGGAAUCAAACUCAUUUCCAAAUUGGCGACAACACGAACUUGUUUGACUGGACGUAUGUCGGCAAUGUCGCCCAUGCCCACAUUCUCGCCGCCGACAAACUUGAUCAACCCCCUCCCGCUCCCCCUCUUGCUACCCUCGAAAAAGUGCCCCUAUCCAUGGACGAAGUUCCUGGUUACAAUGACGCUGAGCUUGCUAUGCUCGAAGAACCACUUCCUCCGAUUGACUUGUCUACUGGCAAGCACAGAGUUCCCACCUGCCUCGCUCGCCCGCUAGGACCCUACGUCGAACGUCCCGAGAACGCUGACGAAAUCGAGGCCAACUACUUCAACCCACCCCCAGGCUCCAACAACCGCCCAGUGAGCCGCAACCGUUUCGACCAACUCUCCCAAACUGGCAUCAACCAGGCCAAACUGCACUACCCCGAGCAACACCCUCUUCAAGUCGCUGGCCAGGCGUUCUUCAUCACCAACGGCGAGCCCAUGUACUUCUGGGACUUUAUGCGAUACAUCUGGCACCAGUUGGAUGCAUAUUUCCCCGGCAAGAGGCAGCCAAGAAAACCGUUCGUUUUGCCAAAGUCUGUUGGACUGUUGGCAGCUCAGGGAUCAGAAUGGGUGGCGGCUCUGAUGGGCAAGGAGCCCACAUUUACCAAAUUCAAGGUCACAUUCAGCUGUGCUAACCGUUGGCACAAUAUCGAGAAGGCUAGGAGGGUGCUGGGUUAUCAUCCUCAGGUCGGUCUUCAAGAGGGCGCGAAGCUCACUGUUGAUUGGUGGUGGUCUGAAUAUCGAAAGGGAACACACAAAACCGCCCACUAGAGUCCAUUUCGGAUUCCUCCCUUUCACCUAUACCU